UGACCGUGUUGUGUGUCUGCAGCAGUUCAUUCUGCUUGAGCAUAACAUUAUAUGCAAGAUCAUGACUGAAGAGGCUUUUGAUGUGAUGGUGGUUGGUUCCUGUAUGACUGACUUGGUGAGCCAGGCACCAAGGCUACCUAAAGCAGGGGAAACCAUCCACGGCCAGAAGUUCUUCAUCGGCUUCGGAGGAAAAGGGGCCAAUCAAUGCAUACAGGCGGCAAGACUGGGGGCUAAGACAGCUAUGGUUGGCAAGGUUGGUAAAGACUUCUUUGGAGACAAUUAUAUCCAGAAUUUCAAGGACAAUGGCGUACACACUGACUUUGUAGGGCAGACCUCUGACGCAGCCACAGGAGCUGCCUCCAUCAUUGUUAACGAUGCAGGUGAGAAUGCCAUUGUGAUCGUGGCUGGUGCCAACAUGCUACUAGGCAGUGAGGAACUGCAGAAAGUUCUUCCAGCCAUCAGCUGCGCCAAAGUGCUGGUUUGCCAGCUGGAGAUCAGCCCGAAAACAUCUUUGCAGGCUUUACGCAUGGCUCAGGAGAACAAAGUGAAGACGAUAUUCAACCCAGCGCCGGCCAUUCCUGACUUGGAUCCAGAUUUCUACAGAGUCUCUGAUGUAUUUUGCUGUAAUGAGUCUGAGGCUGAGCUGCUCACAGGUUCCUCAGUAACUAAUGUGGAGGAGGCACAUCGCGCCGGGCAGGAGCUGCUGAAGCGAGGCUGUGGGUCAGUCAUCAUUACUUUGGGACCCCAAGGCUGCGUGGUGCUCAAGGAGAAGGAGUCUAUCUCAAAACAUGUUCCAACUACGGCAACCACAGCAGUGGACACUACAGGUGCUGGAGACAGCUUUAUUGGAGCACUGGCAUUUUACAUGGCUCAUUAUCCCACAAUGCCUCUGGAGGAGAGCGCCCGAAGAGCCAAUCAAGUGGCGGCAGUGAGCGUCCAGGCCAUUGGGACGCAGAUCUCGUAUCCCUUCAAAAAGGACCUACCAGCUGAGCUGUUCUGAGAGCAGCAAACUGACACCUAGUACUGGACCCAGACUGGAAUGGGUCUGACUGAACUGGGAACAUAACUGUCUUAUUAAAUGUGCUGCCUUCAGGAACUACUGAGAAUUGUAAAUGGAACAAAUUAUAUAUUUUUUAUAAAGCAGAGCAGAAUAAUAAUUAUAUGUAUCGUGCCUAUAUGACAACAAGCCUAAUGAUAACACAGAAGCUCAACUCUUUAUAAAUUAAUGACUGACGAGCAUCUCAGCACUUAUACAACCCAUAAUUGACUUAAUUUAUUUAAUUUCCUCAAGUAGACAAUGUUUCAUAAGUGGUUUGUGAACAGUUACCCAGUUUUAAUAAAAGCUGUGCAACACUUAUAUGAAUCAUAAUCAGUGAUACUGUUUAGAGCAGCACCAUAACUAUGUCAUUCCACGACCCCCACAGACAAAGACAGAUGUGGUGGUCCCAAUAAAUAACAUCUCUUCUACA